UUCUUCUCACAAUGCGUGCAAUUGUAGUUUUCAAACCUUUUUGUGUUGGGUAUAGCAGUGUUUCCAGAAGAUUGAUUUCCUUUUUCAACCAUAUAAUUUUCACCCAAACUUGUUUUUCUUUCCUCAGAAUCAUUGUCUUGUGGUGGUGGUUGAUCAUUAUAAAAUAGUCGUUUAAUCAUUCCAUCCAUGCUGUUUCAGUACAAUCGAUAGACGCAAAACAAAUACACUAAAACUAAUUUCUCUCCUAACUCAAAGAACCCCGAUAAGGAGGGUGCCUUUAUAAUGCGCCUUCUUUAAAUCUUAAAUUUGAUACCAAACACUCUUCGCAAACACCAACUGUCAGAUAAGAAUAAAUUUUAAGUUUACUGGCUUACCUAAGAGGUCCCCGAUGAGGAGAGUGCCCUUUUAAAGCAAAUCUUGAAACAAAACAAAUCUUUAAUUGCGUAAAGUCUUUUCAGCGUUGUGUUGGAUGUAAGCCGUGUGUCAAUUAUACCAUGAAUUCCAGUUUAAACAGCAGUCAACAAUGUCAAGAAGUAAGUGAUUAUUAAUUUGUUAAUCUUUUGAAACCCGUUUCGUGUCUUAACACAAGUUUCGCGUAGAUGUGUUUACUAAUUAAUUACUUUCAGUUUCUUGUUUAUGUUUUCGUGCCGCCAUCUUUAACGGUUAACGGUUCAUAUUUAAACCAUAUUUAAAAAACAACAAAAACUUCAUCGCCGUGCUGAAAACAUGUUGACUCGCUCACUAAAAAAUAUACUUAAGAAUGACUAUAUUAUAUCGCUUAGAAACUGACCCAAAACGGCGGAAUUUUUGAUAUUUUUAAUGUAUAGGGGGACAAGGCUCGGAAAUUGUAUAGAAAUCCUAUAUACUAUCCACCGUGCUUUCUUUUCACAUAUAUUUGCCUUAUAUAAGGAGAAAAUGGGCUCCGCUUUGCUCCGCAAAAAUUAAAUUCAGAUUAUGAAGAGUUAUGUUCUAACUCAAUUUACGGAUGCCGGUCCAACUUUAUAUUAGAAAUUUCGGUGUUUGCGAACAAUCAGAGCAAUAUAAAUACAGUACAGUCCAGAUGUAAGCGUACGCGUACGCUCAAGUUUCACACCUUUUUCUCGGAGGCGGUAGUUCUCGGGCAACUUACGGACAGUCCCUAACAGGCCAAUGUAGUGAUCUCACUAUGGGGAAAGAACUUUUCAUGUCGGUUUUUAGGCUAAAACGUAGCUUUUGAUGGACUGUUCUUAAAAAAAGCUGUUAAAAUAUUAUAAACUAAAAAAUGACGUCACAGCGUCGAUUUCAAGUUUCCUUGUCGGUUCGUUUUAAUUGAAUUUAUUCAAAAAUACGGCUCCCGGAAACUUUUAACAGCUUUUUUGUUAGUCACUGACAUAUCAGGCACGAAUUGUGACAGAUAAAAUAUUUACAGGUUGCCCGCGCAAACACUGUUUUCCGACAGUUUUUCAAAUAUUUCGUCAAAAUAGGGCAUUUUCGUCAACAUUUGACGACAGUGUCGGGAAUACGUCGAGUUUUUCCGUAAUGUUAGCAGAAGCGCGAAAAUUGAAAAUGGUAGCUUAAGGCGGUAAAAUAUAUAAACAUUAUUUUUGCCGAACAAUUACUGCAGUAUGGGAACUUUUUUUUCAAUGUGCGUUUAUGAGAGCUGAAGUAAUACGCAGUACUCAAAGUAUUAGUUAUCGCAACAAAGAUGUACGUUUUAAUAAUUUUUUGGCUAUGUUUCCGCAUCAAUCAAUAACUAAGGAAUACUUUAACAGAAAGGCCGGCGAGCUUAAUGCAUUUGUCAGAAAAUUUAAAUGGAUGGGCGAAAAAAGGUGUAAGUACCUGGAGGAGUUUUCAAGAGAAAAGUGGUUAAAGCUGGACAGUGAAAAGCAAAAAUAUCAUACAACGCACGAAUGUGUAGGAUGCAGUUCACUUAAAGCCGAUAUAAAUACAUUUCCAAUUUCAACAACACACAGACGCAAAAAACCUAAUCCGUUGAAAACACCCUUCGCUGAUAUCACAAAUACACCAGAUACACCAAUAAAUAUUAUUCUCGAAAUUCCGCACACAAAAAAUGACAUUUCAUAUAUGAAAGGAGCAGCCGAGUUUGUUUUUGACAGUGUCAAUGACAAAUGGGAUAAAAUAUUUGAUACACCAUUUACUAAAAUUUUGACGAAAGGGAAAUCAGCUAACGUUGCGGAAGUAAAAACAAAUUGCGAAAAGAAAAGAGAGUUAAGGCAAAAAAAUACAAAAAUUAAAAAAUGCCUGGAAAAAAAAUGUUUUGGUCAAGGCAAAGUCAUGGAUACGAUUUUGGGAAUCAGACAGUCCAAAUCUACCUACAAAAAAUCAAGAUCCAUUCAGUAUCUUGAGAAUAAAGAAAAAGCAGUUGAAAGAAUGAUUGGAAGAAAACAAUCACUGCAAUCUCAAACAGAUGAUACACCAAUGAAGAAAAAGAGGCAUAGUCCAGACACGAAUAAAAUUAAUUUUGACAGAAAUGCACUGUUAGAAGAAGUAAAGCAUAUGGAAGAUGGUUCAAAGGUAGUUACGAAUAUAAUAUUCUGUAAACAGUACUUACAAUAUUCAUUAACACACGGAUAAUUUUUAUAAAUUUUAGAUAAAUUAUUCUGAAUUGGCACGAAA